AUGGCAGGGCACGAGUGGGACUGGUUUCAGCGGGAGGAGCUGAUCGGGCAGAUUAGCGACAUCCGAGUGCAAAACCUCCAAGUGGAGAGGGAAAAUGUGCAGAAGAGAACCUUUACCAGGUGGAUAAAUCUACAUUUGGAGAAGUGCAAUCCUCCUCUGGAAGUGAAAGAUUUGUUUCUUGAUAUUCAAGAUGGGAAAAUCUUGAUGGCUUUGCUGGAGGUCCUGUCGGGGCAAAAUCUGCUGCAUGAAUAUAAGUCCUCAACCCAUCGUAUUUUUCGGUUGAACAACAUAGCUAAAGCACUGAAGUUUUUGGAGGAUAGUAAUGUAAAACUGGUUAGCAUUGAUGCAGCAGAAAUAGUGGAUGGAAACUCUUCUCUGGUACUUGGACUAAUAUGGAAUAUAAUCCUGUUUUUUCAGAUUAAAGAACUGACAGGCAACCUCAAUAGGAACUCCUCCUCUUCCAGCCUGUCAUCUGGGCCCAGCGGGGCUGACUCAGACACAUCUCAUCCGAGCACUCCUAAUAUAGAGAGAAGCAUGUCUCUUUCAGUGAAGGAUCAGCGAAAAGCAAUCCGAGCCCUUUUAACCUGGGUUCAAAGGAAAACCAGAAAAUAUGGUGUUGCAGUUCAAGAUUUUGCCAGCAGUUGGCGGAGUGGCCUUGCUUUCUUAGCUAUAAUAAAAGCAAUAGAUUCCAACUUGGUAGACAUGAAGCAAGCUUUGGAGAAAUCAGCUCGGGAAAACUUAGAGGAUGCUUUCAGCAUAGCACAAGAUAAUCUUGGUGUUCCUAGACUUCUGGAGCCAGAAGAUAUAAUGGUUGAGUCACCUGAUGAACAAUCAAUUAUGACGUAUGUGGCACAAUUUCUGGAGCAUUUCCAAGAGAUAGAAGGGGAAGAUUUUUCGGAUCCUGAUAAGAAAAUCCCAAUUGAAGCCACAUAUGUCCAAAUCAAAGAUGCAUCUUCAGAACAAGAGGGCAAGAUCUUGAUAUUGAAUGAAAAUGGAGAACGUACGUACACUGUUAACCAUGAAAGGAGCCACUCUCCUCCUACAAAGGUUUGUGUCCGUGAUUUGCCUGAGGAACUCCAGUCAGAAAUUGCAGAUGAAGAACUUAAUGACAGAUUGAAUCAAUCACUAUCAGAUAAUUCACAGAGAGUCUCAGAAGAGUCAUUGGUUUUGUUGUCUGCAGAAGAACCUCAGAGGCCUACCUCUUUGCAAAUUACAGGAUCUGUCAGUUUUGAAUCCAGUUCCUCUUGGGAAGUUCUUAGUGAUAAACUGAUUCAGAAUGAGAGGAGCAUAUCUGAUGAUCAACUGAAACAGAAUGAUGACCUUUCAGCAACUAUUUUGCCUGAUCAGAAAAAUGCUGUUGACACAGUUGAUUCAGAAUCAUCUUCUAAAGAAGAAUUUACUAUAAAGAUGUCUCCUGAAUGCAACAAUGAAAUUAAGGACUCAUUAGUCAACAAAACAGGGGAUAGUUGUUCUUUGAGCCCAUUAUCUCAGACUUCAGAUGCACAUACAAAUGAACCAACAAAUCUAGUAGAAAACACUGAACCCAUAACUUCAACUUUUCUACAGGAAAAUGCUUCCAAAGAAGAGGAUAUACGUAAAUAUGUUUUGUGUCUACUAGAUGAAGAAAUAUCUAAAAAACUUCCAGACGGGUAUGAACAUCCAGAACAAUCACCUGUUUUUCAGACAGUACAAGAUACCAAUUGUUCAUCCAAGGAUUCUGAUCUCAAAGGUCAAAUGGAAAUAUCUUUGUCUUGCAAAUCUGAAAAUUCAACCUCACCAGUUACAAAAAUUCCUGAGAAUCUCGAUAGUCAUAGUGAAGAUGGAUCUUCAGCUAAAAUGUCAUCAAAUUCUUUGAAAGUUUCUGUAAUUCCCCACGAUCUUUUCUACUACCCACAUUACAAUGUUCCCAUAUCAGCAGUUUUGGAAGCUUUUGCUAAGCCUAGUCCUGCCUCUUAUGUUUCAGAAAACAGCAAAAACUGUGGUGAGCUAUCAGUGAAUUAUUUGCAUGAAGGGGAGCCAUUGGUACUAAACAAUGAAGGAGGCAUUCUGGACCCAGGUCUGCAAACCAACCUGAGUGUCUCUCCAGCAGAAAUGGUUGUUGAGGACAUGGAAGAGGAGAAGGUGGAUCCUGACAGUUCCACUAAGUCCUCCUCUGAAAAAGUACAGGCUGCCCGAAUAGGAAAGAAUAUGGAACUCAAGGAAGACAGCAGCAUAUCCACAAACUCUCAAGAUUCUACAAAUCCAGAAAAUCCUGAGGUCAUGGUAGACCAGUUGGAGGAUAUAUCAUCAGCAAUGUUGAGAUCAGAAAUAAGCAGUAAAAGGAAGGAAAAAAGGAAAAAUGUGAUCCAAGCAGAAAACUUUCAGACUUCAGAAACUGGGACUACACAGUUACCUGAUAAACAAAAAGAAGAAAUCAUUGAUUAUCAGGAGUUUUCCAGGGUUAGCUACAGCGACUCCAAUGUUUACCUCCGAAAAAGGAUUCCUAAUCCCAGUGAAAAGGAACACGUUAGUGAAAAUAAACAGAAGAACACAGACAUAAAUGAAAGCACAAAUCUGUUAAUUAUCAGGAAGAAAAAAGACUUAGAGGCUCCGGAGAAUGCUAUUCCACCUCCUGAACCUCCAUAUGUAGAGCAACCCGAGUUAUUUUACUUCAUUGUUUUCCUCUGGGUGCUGGUCUACUGCCUGUUGCUCCUUCCGCAUCUUGUUAGUAACAAAUUUUGA